AUGGGCACCACAGAGGGCCGUCGAGAAGUGAAAAGGGAUGUGGUGGCCACUGAAGUGGCCCAGACAUCCCUCAAAGGGACAAACGACAAACUCUGCUUGACCAGUGUGAAGAGUGAGCGCUCCAGCAGCAAACGCAAUACAUGGUACAGAGAUGAUGCCCAACAGCCGUCUUACUGUGACCUAGGAAAGUCUGCCGAGGAUGUCUUCAGCAAAGGAUAUGGGUUUAGCAUGGUCAAAAUAGAUCUAUGUAGUGGAGUGGAAUUUUCUACUUCUGGUCAUGCUUACACUGUUACAGGGAAAGCAUUAGGCAACCUAGAAGCCAAAUACGAGAUUUGUAACUAUGGGCUGACCUUCACCCCAAAGUAGAACACAGACAGUACUUUUGGGACAGAAAUCUCUUUGGAGAAUAAAUUGACUCAAGGGUUGAAACUGACUCUCGAUACCAUAUUUGUCCCGAACACAGGAAAGAAGAGUGGGAAAUUGAAGGCCUCCUAUAAACAGGAUUGUCUCAGUCCUGGCAAUAAUGUUGAUAUAGAUUUUUCUGGACAAACCAUCUAUGGCUGGGCUGUGUUGGCCUUUGAAGGUUGGCUUGCUGGCUAUCAGAUGAGUUUAGACACAGCCAAAUCGAAACUGUCACAGAAUAAUUUCACCCUGGGUUACAGGGCCGCAGACUACCAGCUGCAUACUCACAUGAACGAUGGCAUUGAAUUUGGAGGGUGGAUAUACCAGAAGGUGAACAAGAAGAUUGAAACAUCAAUAAACCUCGCGUGGACGGCAGGCAGGAACAACACACGUUUCGGCAUCGCUGCUAAGUACAAGCCGGAUUGUAGAACUUCUCUAUCUGCUAAAGUAAAUAAUGCCAGCCUGAUUGGACUGGGUUGUACUCAGGCCCUUCAACCAGGAGUGAAACUGACCCUGUCAGCUCUCAUCCAUGGAAAGAACUUCAGUGCAGGAGGACACAAGGUCGGGCUGGGAUUUGAACUAGAAGCUUAA